CCCAGAAUACCUAAUUGCAUCUUCUGGCGGUCCAAUGGAAUCCGACACGAUGGGGCCACAACCGACCGCGGACGAAGCGGGAGAGGAGUACAGGACAUCGCCCGAUCGAGCACUGAGGGAUCUGAAGGAACGAAUUAGGCAAGAAGCACCGCUGAGAUGGGCUGACCAAACCAAUGACGGAGGGUCCGACAUGAGAGGUGAACCAGUCGCGACAGAACCGCAGGAGGCUCUAAAGACGGGUACCUCGAGCGGACGACGAGAAGCGACGAGGCGGCGCUCCCCCGAGUACGAACAGAGGGACGCCAUAGCGGACAGAGACGAUGAGCCAUGGCGACGUAAGGACGAUGAGAUAGACCGAGACCGCAGAGAUCGCGAGCCGUUUGUGCGAGCAAGGAGGCUGGAUGAUUACCCACGAAGCCCUCGCUAUGAGGUCGAUCGGGGUAGAGGCGACUCCCGCAACCGAUGGAAGACAGAACAGGGCCGACGAGAUGAAUAUAGGGACGACAGAUACGAGAGGUCGGGUCGAGAUGGCUACAGAGGAAGCAGAUAUGAGAGAGGAGAUCGGGACUGGGAACGACGAGAUGAGUCGCGCGGACGGUUUGAGCGCGGGGGAGAUGCGAGAGAGCAGCGCGAUGAGUUGCGGGGAUGGUACAACCGAGGGGACCGACGCGAUGAGUCACGAGGACGAUAUAACUCGGGGGACCGCCGGGAUGAUUCGCGAGGGCGGAAUGACCAACGAGGGUUUGGAGGAGACCGGCGCAACGAUCCGCGCGGUCGGAAUGAGAGAGGGGGAUAUGGCGCCUUAUCAGAACCAUAUCCCAAGUCUCCUGACCCCAAGGCGGUCAGGAGUUCGAUCUCUAGAGGCGCAGAUGACAGGGCAUCCACUCCGAGGAACUCAUGCGUCUACUGUAGAGGAGRARAUCAUAUCAAGAGGGAUUGCCCGGACCUUAAACGGGCAAUAGAAGAGGGACUUGUCGUGCUUGACGACCGCAAGUACGUCAAGUGGGCAGAUGAUCUCGGAGAUGUAUCGAUGUUCCCUUCGAUGAAGGAGAAUGUCGAAGCAAGGAGAAUAAARACGAGUAAAGGAAUGGAGCCGGUCAGGAGCCAGAGCAUCAAGAUAACCUUUAAGGGGGACAUGGCGACCACACCCAUAAGGGUGGCAGCCACCAAGUCGGCGAGAGGGUCUACAUCGAAGAAAACUGACACGGAUUACGUGAUGGCGGAGAAGGACGGGCAGCGGGUCGAUGGAGAGGAGGUUAUCCUUUCGCCGCGAAAGCGGGAAGUGAAGAAGUUUCUUAUGAAGAGCUCGCUGGACGAGAUUGACACGGUCGAGCCAUUGAGGCGGGCCCUUCGGCAACCCAUGCAGUGCUCUAUUCUGGAGUACCUGGCGGCAUCGAAGCCGGCUCGUGAUGAGUUACAAAUGAUCACGCGAAAGACUCGCAUACCUCUAUCGGAGGAGGGUUACGCCCCUAAGGCGGACAGUAACAGUAACUGGGGUGACUGCCAGAGCGGAUCGCAUGGCGACAGUCCUUCUGGAUGGAAUGGAAGUGAGGCUGUCAUCAUAGACGAGGACCUUGCGGUACAACUUGGACUGGGCCUCGAUAGGUCAUACCUAUUCGAGAUAGAGACGACUGAUGGGAGAAAGCAACAGAUCACUGGGGUUUGUCACAAGGCAGCCAUAGAGGUCCAAGGGGUGCGAGUAACCCUGCCUGUCUUUGCAAUCAAGAACUGCAGCUCCGACCUCCUCUUGGGUCGAACGUGGCUAAGCCACGUGCAUGCGGUGACGAUAGAGCGAUCUGAUGGAAACCAAACAUUGUCCAUCAAGAAGCCAGACGGGACGCGGGUAAUGAUUGAGACAGUGGAGCCUCGGGACCCGAGGAACAGAGCAGCUCUCGCUGUGGGUGCAAGACCCAGUGAUCAGAUUAAGUCGUUACCCAUCUCUGGCCGCGCGGUGCGAUUUCGCGAGAAGAGAUAUGGACCACUGCUCACAGAGGAAGAAGGUCGGAUGGUGGAGGUGGAAGACUUAGGGAGUCGGCUAAUAGUGGACGGCAACUCUCGUACCCGAAGGAAAAAGAUGAGGAAUGUGGCGAUGUGGUAUCCGUGUCUUUUUUAAGAGCACGGCCCCCUAUGGGGGGCUACCCAAGCGACACAAACGAGUAGCUCAAAAGGUU